GCCUCGUUCUUUAAAAAGGACCAAGAUGGAUCCAUGCAUAAGGCUGCCUUACUGUCUGGCUCACCAGGAGUUGGUAAAACAACAACAGCCACGCUCGUGUGUGAAGAGCUGGGAUUCAGCUACGUUGAAAUGAAUGCAAGUGAUACAAGGAACAAGAAGACACUGGAGGAGCACAUCUCCCAGUCACUUAGCAACAAAACCAUGGAUGGUUUUCUACCUGGUAAAGCCAAACUAAAAACUUCUUUUUUAUAAUUUUUUUUUUUCAAUCAAUUAUUUUCUUUAGGCAACAUGCAGUGUAGGUUUUCCCUUGAGAAACACAUUGCACAGAUACUUUACUUUGAGAUACUUUACUCGAAAGAUCCUUUCUGAUGAUUUGCCAACUUAAAAAGGGGAAAAUAAGGCUUUCUUUCUCCCGCCUCAGUCCAUGCAAUGUUGCACCACUGUUUGAGCUACAUGUAGGAAACAACAAACCUCCCUCUUUUGGAUGGAGGGGAGGGGGAUGGGUGUGGAAUGAUUUGUUCUCCGAAGUUACCCCAUAUGAGGAAAGUGUCUCAAAAGGUUUUUUUUUUUUUUGCUGAUUGCAGCUUGAGCUCUAUUAGCUUUGGGGUCCAUUGUGAGUAUUUAAAAUGAAAAUAAAUAGAAGUAACUCUAAAAAAUGAACGGCUUGUAUGCGCAUUUAUUAAGUUGUAACGUAUACUGUCCAAUUGGCCGGCAUACGUCAGAAAAAUGUACGAUGCUUUCCAGUGUAAAUGUUAUUUUAUUUAGCCACAAAACAUCCAGCAGCUCUUAAGAACUUAUUCUUUUCAGUUCAUAGUAUGUUUAAAUGUUAGGGUUGGUUUAGUAGGAGAGGGGAAAUGAGGAAAUAGAUUUGAGAAGGGUAUUAGAGCUGUUUGGCAAACUUUUAGCAAAAGUCUGUUUGAAACAAAAAGUAAACAUGGUAAAGAGGAAUGUUAGCCUUCAUUGUUCCUUGUAACCGGACCCUUUGUACUUUAUCAGGUCAUAAAGCAGAUCCCAAGAAACACGUGCUGAUUAUGGAUGAAGUUGAUGGAAUGGCAGGCAAUGAAGAUAGGGGGGGAAUGCAAGUAAGGAUGAUAAUCAUGUAAACAAAAUAUAGCGUUCCCAUCUGCAGUUUUGUCUGUGUAGUUAAAAACUCGCCCCAGUUCCUUUGCGCAAACUGAUCAUUUGAAGCCGAACUUUUUUUUGAGUUACAAUAGAAUGAGAUAAUGUCAAAACUGUCCAUUUUUGUCUUAUUUUUCAUCUUGCAAGCUCGGGUAAUUUGAAGUGACUUUACUGAGAAAUCAUAGCCCUGACAAACAAACAAAGCAAGAUAGUUUUUGCUACAUAAUAAGAAUUUUUGACGAUUGUUUAAGUUUGGAGCAUUUUGCGCGCAACUAGGAAGAAAACACUUAGCAUUACAUGCAGGUACGCUGUUCGAAAACAAGCUCCGGAUUACUCCCAUCUUUUUACAACAGUUUUUUAAUGUCCUAUAUUUGGCUGUCAUUUGUGGCAAGUUUUAAAAAAAUGUGGAUAGUACAUCAUUUUCAAGGGAAUUACCUUAACGUCAUCUCUCAUUAACGCGAUCAUCUGAAUUGAGACAAGGAUUUGAUAACAGCUAGCAUGAUCUUAGGAGUCCUUUAAAGGCCUUAGUUUGUAAGGUUGUCCGGCUGGGGUUUGAACUUAGUGCCACCGGCGCAGCUGAUCGACGUUCUUCCAGCUUAGUUUAACGGGGAUUGUGGGCUUUCUUGUUUUUAAAUUUGUGAUGAUCACCAACACCUAUGAAAACGAUACCUAUCUAAGUUGAGGAUUUGAGGAUAUCUUUUGACAUCUGUUGUUGCAUCCUCAACAGGAACUUAUUGGACUGAUAAAAAACACCAAAAUUCCAGUCAUCUGUAUGUGUAAUGACAGAAACAGUCAAAAGAUCCGUAGCUUGGCCAACUAUUGUUUUGACUUGAGGUUCCAAAGGCCUCGGGUAGAACAGAUUAAGGUAAGUGUUGUCCGGCAUUAUUGAGUCAUUUAUUUUAAAGAAAUUUGACUUUUUUUCUCAUGACGAUGUAAAUGCAUCACCUUCCUACAUGCGGAUUCUAUUUGUUGGUCGGGUAGCCAAUACAGGGGUUUUCCGCUCUACGGAUGAUCAUGAGGUUUCUUUAGGAUGAACUUGUUACAGAAACAGAUGAGGAAAAAAGAUGAGGAAUAGACCUUAUUCAAAAUACCCGCCAUCGUUGCACGCGCUUUAGGAUUGAUGGGAUAAAAGCAAUGUCACGUGGUAUUUUAGGGGGCAAACAAGUGUUAAAAUUUGCUACUACGAGUAGUCGCGGUCGAGUUUGAUUAUCCCCUCAAAACUAUAAGGCAAUAUUAAAUUUGCAAAAUGUACAGUUCAAGUUUUCACAGGUCAUUAUUGCUUGCUGUGAGUACAUCUACGGUCGCUACUGCAUUAAAAUAAGUAACAACGAUCACUUCCACCCAUAAUUUGCUAUUCUUGUCUUGAAGAUGAAAAGUUCUUCAUUCUCUGUUGUCUAAAAUGAGCAAAAACAACCGCGAUUCCUUUUAUUGACAGAUUUUAUCACUUGUUUGCGCCCUGAGAAACUACAUGACAUUGCUUUUAACCCAUCAGUCCUUAUGCGCGUUCAAAGAUGGCGGGUAUCGUGAGUAAGCUCUAUUGAACAACGUUUUCUAGGAAAAUGUCUGUUUUAUUUUUUGUAUCGAUAACACAUGGUGUCCUUGAAGUUUUUUUUCUGGGAGCUCGCUUUAUACGGACACUGUGGUAACCGUAUUGAGCGGGUUCCACUAAUAGCUCUUGGGAAGAUCUGUAGAUAGGCUAUACUUUCUAAAAGUCUCUCUUGGUUUGGUCAUCAGUCGGGAAAGAAAACAGACUUUCCUCCGGUGAAGCGUGCCAUUUUUUUUUUUUUUUUUUUCGACCCGAUUUUAGUACAGGGCGUUGACGUGUCGGGCUCGUACUCAGUAGCAUUAGAACUGAAAAGUAUAAGCGCUAUAUAAAUAUUUUAUUAUUAUUAUUAUCAUUAUUAUUAGCAUUAACCAACAAUCAGAGAGCAUUAUGUUGGGAAAAGAAUUGUCCUGUGACUAUAUCAAUUAAAGUACAGUAGAUAUAGUGUUCUCUUUUUCUUGUUCACCAGGGAGCUAUGAUGAGCAUCGCUUUCAAGGAAGGACUCAAGAUUCCUCCCCAGGCCAUGGAGCAAAUUAUUCUUGGAGCCAACCAAGAUGUCAGACAGGUUAGCUAAACAAACUUUUUUUGUUUUGAGGUGGGGGAGGGGUGGGGGAUGGAUGAGGGGGGUAGAAAGAAAUCUAAAUUUAUUGUUCACGUGUAGGUCCAUGUAUUGUCGUUACAAAUUAAUCUUUAGAUGGGAGAAGCGAUUUCAGUUCUUUGAAAUCUGUCACUUGGAUCUCUCUCUUUUUUUAAAAUAUAUUCCAAAUUGAAAAUUUCGUUGGUGGCUCUUAUAUUUCUUGUUGUUCUUUUUUGCGCCUGUAUUUUCUUUUACUUUAUUUCAUUCAGGCUCUUUGUUGAUUGAUUUUUUGUCCUGUUUGACAGGUUCUUCACAAUAUGUCCAUGUGGACUGCCAAGGAGAAGAGCCUUAACUACGAUCAAGCAAAAGCAGAAGCUGCAAGGGCCCAAAAAGAUAUUAAAAUGGUAAAGCAAUUUAUUCAAACUACUGUAUUUCAAUUUACCGAGUAUGUAAUCACUACCUUAGUGAAGUGGACAGACCGCUUCCUGAAUAUUUUUAUGAUUAAAGUGGACACUGUUGGUCAUAUUUUUCUCUGUGGCACUAAUAUAGAGUAGAGUAGUAACAUAAUUUUACGUAAACUACCGUGAAUCAGUAGUUUUUGAUUUGAUUGUAAUAUGUUUUGCAAAGCUUUAAACGAAUAUUGAGCAUACGUGACAGCUCUGUUAUGUAAGUAAGCGAUUACUGUCUCUAAACCAGUAUUUUCCCUGUUGAAAUUUAGACGCAUAUAAAUUUUACGGGUUUCAGCCAUUUUUUCUGCAAAAUAUAAACUGCUGAGGUAUAGUAGCAGUUCCCUAAACACAGCUUUUUUUUGCAGGGUGCUUUUGAUGCCGUAAGAAAACUUCUCUCAGGAAAUGAGAGUUCGAAGAUGAACCUGAGUGAAAAAUCAGACAUGUUCUUUUGUGAUUACUCCAUGAUGCCACUCUUUGUGCAGGAAAACUAUGCACUGGUUGACCCUGGACAGUCCCGGUAAGUUUAUAACAAGUUUUAAAAUCUUCUAAGAAAUACCCACUCUGUAAUUUUUUUUUUUGCCCCGUUAGUCGGUCCUUAACCGAUCCGGCUUAAAGUAGGACGUAGUUUUGCAGAGCUCCGGCACAAAACUAGAACAGAAAAUAGGGUGGAACCCCGUUAAUACGGUCACCAAUGGGCCAAAAAAAUUGGCCGUAUUAACAAGGGUUUUUUUACAAGAAACUGUAUGGCGGUUUUUACUAGGCGGCCAAAAAGAGUGGCCGUAAUAACGAGGUGACCGUAUUACCGAGGUGGCCUUAAGGCGGUGUUUCACUGUAGUGUUCCAUGUGUGAACAAAGGCUCACCCCACGUAAGGGAAUCCAAGACAGUCAUGGAUUCUGGAUUCCACGCCGUGGAUUCCAGAUUCUUUGUCAGUGGAACUUGGAUUCUGGAUUCUAAUCGUCAGUGGGAUUCUGGAUUCCUUCAGCUGUAUUCCGGAUUCCAAAGCCCAAGAUUCUGUAUUCCACCGGCACCAGAUAAAAUUGCCGUAUUCCAGAUUCCAGAUUCCUUUUUAUAGGGCGAAACGGCCUAGCCGAUAUAGUUCCUAUGACGGCUUAUCGUGUGAACAUGGCCAAACGCUUGAUCUAAGGUUUUUAUACCUACAAGAAAAUAAAUAACAUUUUCUUAAAGUUCCAUUAUUAUUUAUUAUAAUGGAUGCCAAAAAUCAUAGAAAUCGGUUAAAUCUUUCAUUCUGAAAAACGCAAAUCAAAAACAUAACCAACACGCAUAUAAAUAGGUUCUGGCCACCUUAAGCUCCCUAAAGGUUGAUUUCCACUGUCGCAUAACUUUUUCGUGCGAACGCACGCAAAAUUUACGCACUUAAAUAAAUAAAGGCAAUGUAUGAAAGGUCACGCGUAAAGGUAAAAGUUGAACCUAACUCAACUUUUACGUUUAUGCAUCAGUCAAUUCCAGCUGCGCCCGCAUCCCCGCUGAUCCCCCGGGAAUUAGCUUUUUUUUUUUGGCCUUGGAUGGCAAUUUCCCGGGGGUGGGGACUCUUGAACUGUCAAAUUCCCCGUGGUGGGUACGAAAACAGCGGGCAAAUGCCCCGUCCUCCGUCAACACUGCAGCAUUUUUCAUUGAUCGCACAGUCGAGUAGUGCCAUUUUAAGCAUUUUAAUGUUCGAUUUCUUUUUUCAAUUAACGUCUCCCUUCCAAUCCUUUGUAAUGGUGCUAUUCUAAUUAAGACUUCACGCCACGACGACACCAGUUUAUGGUUUUAGUAUUGUUAUAAAAUUAUUGACAUUAAAAUUUAACUUAACUGUUAUGAAUAGUUUCAUAAACCUCUAUAAAUAUGAAAGGAUGUUUUUUAAAUAAUAUCAACAGAAAUUUGAUUCAAUAACCAAAAAAAACGUUGAUUCACAUCGAUAGCUCCCAAUUUCGGUAUGUACUUCUGGUUUGAUAAGCAAUGAAGACAUGCAUGCAUAAAAUCGAGAACAUGCCUUUGCAAAUCUCUUCAUUUUUUUUCCCGUCCUUGACAGAUGAGCCAAUCUUCUUGUUUUUCCACUAAAACCCUCUGUGUAGUUAUAUUCUAAUAGGAAACCGCGUGCGUGUCAAAAUCUCGGGGUUGGCAAAUGCCUAGCCUGUUCCAGGCUCCGAGAAAGUCGGGUCCGCUGAAUUGAGAAAGCGCAAACACGAAAAUAAACCGGGAGGAAACUGGGGAGAGCACUAUCUGAGAGCCUGGAACAGGCCAGCAAUGCCCGACCCCGAGGCAGCGCAAAAUUCACAAAUGCCACACCCCCCGGACUUACAAGGCGGCAAAUGCCCCGCAAUAGCCCGGGCGGGGCGGGGGGGCGCUGGGCGAAGCUGCAAUUGACUGAUACAUUACGCGUUACCUUUCAUACAUUGCCUCUAUUUCUGAAUUCGAAUUUCGCACUAACCCUGGGUUAUCGUAAGCCAACUUUGAACAACUGGGCACGUGAUUUAGAGAAAUAUAGUAGAUCAAACGGAAACAACGCGAUGGAAAGGCUUGAACGCGGACCUGUAGAUUCAAAGUUCAAGGUGUUAACCGCUCGGUCACAACGCCUCACCCCCUUAGUUAAGUGGGCAAUUUAUUGGAUAUCGCUUAAUUUUUUCGCAUCUGAUACAUAUUACUUCCCUGUGUUUUAUUUAGUGGUGAUUUAAAGAAGACGCUGUCUCUACUAAGCAAGACUGCUGACUCCAUCUGUGAUGGAGAUUCGGUUGAAAAGCUUAUCAGACAGAAUGGACAUUGGUCUAUGUUGCCGAUGCAGGUACGAGUCAGAAGAAGUUUUAACGAAUCUUUCAGAUCUGCAGUGAAUUUAUAUGGUAAUUUUUGCUGGAAGUAGAAGUAUUAGAAUGAACCGUACAUCCUGUGUAGCCAGCAGAAGUUGACUCUCGUUAUUUUCAUCACCAUCGUCAUCGUCAUCGUCGCCACCAUCAUCAUCAUCAUCAUCAUCAUAUACAUUCCCCAAAAGUAAUGAUAGCAACAUUUCAGGUUAAAACACCGUAGUUUUCAAUUGAAUUUUUGUCCUUAAUAUUGCCAGGCAGUUUUUUACAUGAGGAAACUUUCAAAGUUUGAUUUUAAGUGACGCGACACGAGGAAACAUGUGUUUUUCAAAAACGUAGUGUUCCGCGCGUUUUUGCUUUUUGUUCCUUUAAUGGCUUUAGGAACAACCUAGGAACGCACAAUAUAGGAACUUUAUUUGCACAAUAGGAACAACGGUCGGCAAAUUUCGGAACAAUCUGGUCCGUUAGCAGCAAAUUGGAACACAAAGUUCCUUUUCAUUUCAGUCAGAAGGAACAACUGGUUCCUCUUUGCUCUUUUCAGAAACAAAAGGUCCUCUUUCAACAGUUCCGAUUUCCCUUCAUGUUCCUUUCGAAGUGAUUGGGGAACAAAUGUUCCCAAUCUAAUUUCUCACUCUACACAGUAAGGAACAAAUUGUUCCUAUUUACUGGCAUAUCCACUGCUGUUCGGAACACCUUGUUCCCUUUCGGUUCAAAUUGUUCCUAUUCAUGCCCAACAGGAACGGAAUUGUUCCUAAUCGAGGUGGUUUUUUGUUCCUCAAAAUGAGUGUUAUGUUCCGCGUAUAAAUGGGAACAGGUUCCGAAUUUGNUGAAAGGAAGAAACAUCAUUAUCAUGCAUGCCUGUUUAUCAUUGCCAGGGAAAAGGACAUACACUGUGCUUACGCGAGUUCAACAAAGUUAAGAGACGAGCUCCUAUGACUUCAAAAUCAAAUAUUGCGACGAUUUCGACUCGCAGUUAGAGCGAUUAAAAAAACUCUUCAAAACAUAGCAAUGUCUUACAACAAGACUGAUCAGCGAAUCUGUCGCUUGAGUUUUUAGCUUAAAAGCUGACUUGUCAUUGCAGAUUUCCUUAGAAACACAAGCAUAUUGUAGCUUAAAUUGUUGCUUUUUAGUGGUGUUUUGUCCUUUAGUUUUUCUCUGAUAAAUUGUCCACCCCUUUCCAAAUAGUACCUCUGCAAGUAAGCUGUCCAUGGCAUUAGAUUACGUCCCCCAUCUUAGGAAAGUUCUAACAACGCCUCUUAUGGCACAGGUAUGGACAAUUUUUGAUCUUGCUUUAACGUUUUAGAAUCUCUGUAAAAGGAGAGUAAACUUUAUUCAUACCCAUCGCUAAAAGGCUCUUCAGUUAGUUCUGUGAGCAGCAUUCUGCUUUGCCAAGCAAGCCAAAAAGACGUAUUUGGGUCAACAUACUAUUCGAAUAAUGGCAGAGUAUCGUCCUAAUUAUUAGCAAAGAGAAUUACGGCUUCGCCUAGAAUGUAGACUGUUCACAUUCCCCUAUUCUUCCGUAAACCGUCGAGAUCGAAGGCUUUGCGUUACGGGCGGUCAUCUUGCAUGAGUGUCAAAAGUAUUUAGGGGGCGGGGGACGGUUUGGGAGGGGGCGAGAGAAAAAUUCACGCCUCCCUCCCCCUAGAGCUAUAAUCCCCGACGACCGCCCCCUCGGUGCAUUUGAAAAUCUAGAUGGCCGCCAUUAACGGUAGGUCGCGCUGUAUCGAAGAUCUCACGGAAAAAUAGGGGACUGUGAACAGUCUACCUAGAAUGUCAUGAAUGAGACUAAAAUUUCUGAAAUGCGAAAUAGCAGGGUCUUGUUUUUCUUUGAUAAUAAACGUUGUAAUCCUCUCCAGAUAAAAAUAAAUAAAUAAACAAAACAGAAACUUACUUGUAAGGAGGGAAGUUUCUCCAAACACACAUUCGUGAUCAAAGUCCUUUUACAAUGGCCCUUUAAAUACAUGAAGCUAGUGCUGUAAUUUCCGAACAUCUCAAGAGCUCGAGAGCCUUUCAUUGGCGUCAAAACAAAGUGUGUAAAAACUGAUUGAUUCGUUAGGAUUCGGCUGAGAUCAAUUCCGGAGUGUCCAGAGUAAUUCAAGUGAUGGAAGAUUAUGAUCUGACCAAAGAAGAUUGGGAUUCCAUCAUAGAAGUUGGCCAGUUUGAAGGCCAAAGAGAUCCUGUGGCGUCAAUCCCGUCUAAGGUGCGUAUCUUUUUUUUUAUUCUAAACUUCAUUCAAGAUUUUGAUAAUGUGAAAGGAUUGUAGGGCCCCAAUCGGCGACAAAAUCAGUUGAAGGAGUUAUAAUGCCCCAAAGGGCCUUCGAACCUUCUAUUCCGUCUAAGGUGCGUAUCAUUCUAAACUUCGUUCAAGAUGGUGGUAAUGUGAAAGGAUCGUUGUCGGUCCCCAAUUGGCGACAAAAUCAGUUGAAGGACUUAGAUGCCCUAAAGGGCCAUUUAGACUAACCGCUUUAAAAGAAAAAAGAGAAGUUUUCCCUCCCCCACCCACUCUAAGUAAUGUUGUGCCGCUGUUCAAGCUACACGUAGGAAGUGACAUUCAACUCAACUUGAAAUUGGGGCGGGGGUGGAGGGAGGAUGUAGUUUGUUUGUUUGUUUCUUUCAUUUUGUUUCUUUUUUUUUUUUUUUUGCGAAGUAAACACCAUUCGUAAUCGUCGCAAACAUUUUGUCGCCGACUGUUUAUUCAAAGGCCUUUCGUAACUUGCACUGAAGGAGAGCGACAUCAUCACCCUUUCACUCCUAACAAUGGCCAAAGAAAUUGACAUGGUCAAGGAAACCCUGGUAGUGUAUAUAAAGAAGGUUCAUGGAUCGUAAAGUCGCUUUUUCCUUAUCGAAAAUUUUACUGUAUUGUGUCAGUGAUAUUUGGUUCCGUUAUGUUCACCGUUAGCUAUUUAACGUUCCUGUGUAGGUAAAAGCGGCGUUUACACGCUCAUAUAACAAGGAAAAACAUAAAACGCCGUACGCUAUCCGCGCGGCGCCAAAGAAGGGAAGAAAGGGCGGCGCAGGGGAGGAUAACCAAGGAAUGGACGAAGAAGGCCUUGAACAAGAAGGCGAGGAAAAUAGUCAAGAGAAGGAUGAUAUUGAGAAUGAUGCAAUGAUCAAGGCUACUAAGAAACCAACCAAAGGAGGGAGCGCAAGAGGAAGAGGAGGGAAGGGAAACAAGGAUGCAGCCAAAGAAACGACGAAGGGCAAAGGAAAGGGAAGAGGAAAGAACCGAAAUUAA